CUUUUUCCCUGCAGGACACGGUACGUCCAGACGGAGCUGGGUUUCCGGGAGCGCCUCUUUGUGGCCGUGCUGAGUUCUAAGGCUACCCUGAAUACCUUGGCCGUGGCCGUCAACAAGACGGUGGCCCACCACUUCCCUCACCUGCUGUACUUCACGGGUCUGCGCAGCGCCAAGGCACCCCACGGCAUGACGCUGGUGUCCCAUGGCGACGAGCGCCCCGUCUGGCUGAUGUACGAGACAGUGCGCUACAUCCACCAGCACAUGGGGGGCGACUACGACUGGUUCUUCGUCAUGCAGGACGACACGUAUGCCCACGCCGAGCAGGUCAAGGCGCUCGUGAGCCACCUCAGCAUCAACCAGGACGUCUACCUGGGGCGGGCGGAGGAGUUCAUUGGUGGGGAGGAACGCGCCCGGUAUUGCCACGGGGGCUUUGGCUACCUGCUCUCCCGCAGUCUGCUGCUGAAGCUGCACCCCUACCUGGACAGCUGUCGCAACGAAAUCCUCAGUGUGCGUCCAGAUGAGUGGCUGGGGCGGUGCAUCGUGGACUUCCUGGGCGUCAGCUGUGUCUCACAGCAUCAGGGCCAGCUGUACCUGACUUACGAGCUAGCCAAGAAUGCAGACCCGGAGAAGGAGGAGGGGCAGGGCUUUUGGGGGGCGGUUGCUGUGCACCCCGUCACGGAGGCCUCCCUCAUGUAUCGCCUGCACAAGAGGUUCAGCAGGAUCCAGCUGGAGAAGACUGACCAAGAGAUUGAACAGCUGCAGGUGCAGAUCCGCAACCUGAGCUCCCUGCUGCCGGCGGGUGAGGCGGGCCUGACGUGGCCGGUGGGCAUCAGCGCCCCCUUCGUGCCCAGGUCCCGCUUCGAGGUGAUUGGCUGGGAGUACUUCACCGAGCAGCACUCCUUCACCUGCCCCGGCGGGGCCCCCAAGUGCGCACUGGGGGGGCCCGGCAGGGCGGACGUGGGCGACAUCCUGCAGGCGGCCCUCGAGCAGCUCAACCGGCGCUACCAGCCGCAGCUGCGGUUCACCAAGCGGCAGCUGCUGAACGGGUACCGCCGCUUCGACCCGAGGCGGGGCAUGGAGUACCAGCUGGACCUGCUGCUGGAGGCCACCCCCCAGAAGGGCCACGGGCACCUGCUGGCCAAGCGGGUGAGCCUCCUGAGGCCCCUCAGCCAGGUGGAGCUCGUCCCCAUGCCACACGUGACGGAGGCCACGCGGGUGCAGCUGGUGCUGCCCCUCACCGUGCAGGAGCGGGACUUUGCGGGCAGUUUCCUGGACACCUUUGCCAUGAACACCCUGGACACGCACGACAACGCCUGGCUCCUGCUGCUCCUCAUCUACGACCCGUACGACGCCCAGCGGGUCGGCCAGGUGGACGUCUUUGCGGGGGUCAAGGCCAUGGUGGCUGAGCUGGAGAAGCGCUACGCCGACGUGAAGAUCCCCUGGAUCAGCGUCAAGACGGAGGUGCCGUCCCAGGUGAAGCUGAUGGACAUGGUCUCCAAGAAGCACCCGGUCGACACCCUCUUCUUCCUGGUCAGCGUCUGGACGGAGGUGGCGGGGGAGGUCCUCAACCGCUGCCGCAUGAACGCCAUCAGCAACUGGCAGGUCUUCUUCCCAGUGCACUUCCAGGAGUUCAACCCGGUGCUGACCUACCGCGGCGAGCAGGCCGCCUCCGCCUCCUCCGCCUCCUCCGCCUCCGGCACGGACUUCCUGCGGGAUGGGCACUUUGACCGGCACGUCUUCGCCGAGGCCUGCUUCUACAACUCGGACUACAUGGCGGCCCGCACCAAGCUGGCCGCCGACAUCCUGGACCGGGACGAGGCGCUGGAGGGCCUGGAGGUCUUCGACGUCUUCCUCCGCUACUCCGAGCUCCACCUCUUCCGGGCCGUGGAGCCGGGGCUGGUGCAGAAGUACGUGCUGCGGAGCUGCGACCCGCGGCUGAGCGAGGAGCUCUACCACCACUGCGUCCUCAGCAACCUGGAGGGGCUGGCGUCCCGCUCCCACCUGGCCAUGGCCCUCUUUGAGCAAGAGCAGGCCAACAGCACCUGAAGGGCCAGGCCAGGGGAGGGAGGGAGGGAGGGAGACCGGGCUGUG